GACAAAUACUUGAUUGGUUCAUUAUCAUGCAGGUUAUUUGACAAUACCCUUUUUAUGUUCUUGAAUCCGUCCUGCGCAGUGGAAGCGAAAGCUCCCUACUUUUUUUUCGAAUAUGAACUUAUGACAAGAAAGACAAAACAAAACAUACCAGUGUAGGAAUAUGCGUUCUGCUUCUAAAUAAUAAAUGAUAUCGAAUGAGUAAAAACGAAGAAAGGAAAUGAUAACAGGAAAUCAAUAUUGAUGAAAACAAUCCUUUUUGCAAGAUCAUGAAUAUAACCGAGAGGUAUAAUGUAUCAACACUUGUAUUGAUUCAAUUGAAUCAAUACCCAUUGAAUCAAGUGUUCUAAUGAAAACUUUCAAUAGCUGAUUGGUCCAUAUCAAAUUCCUUUCAAUUUUAUGGACGCACAAAAUAUGCUUAAAUUUAUGUUUUGAAAGUCCAACAGACAACCUGAUAGGCGAGAUUCAGUUUUUAUUGACACUCAGCGUAAUACAUUACCCGUUAAAUGAUUCUCUACAUUGCUUUAAUAAAAAAAAUAUUGUUUAAUUACUCUUUAUUACCCAUCACUACCAACAAUUUGCUUGAUAACACCUCUCGUUUUAUAACUGGAACUAAGAAGAGCAUGUUGUCUUGAGGUGUGUUUUGUAUAAAAUGCAAAAUGUAGCUCGGAUUUAUCAUCGGUUAGAUCCCUGGCAUUGUCUGGUUUGAAAGUUGUUGGUGUUCGUUCACGGAUCUAAAACACCUAACAUCGAAGUUAGACACAUACACCCGUAUUGAUCUGCAUGGAUUCAUUAAUUCUUCGUAUACAGCAUUUCUUAGCACUGAAUUAGCACUAAACAAACUUAUCGAGAUGGGCAAUUUCACGAACUGCACAGAUUUUGAAGUAGAUGGCAAAUGGCGCGCUCGCGGAAAGCCGUUCGAAUGGUUUGAUGGUGUCGUCUGUUUCCUCGUUCUUAUUGGCAUCAUCGGAAACUCUCUCGUCAUCUACAUCCAGCACCGGCUGAGUCGCACCCAGGUCACCCCAAUCAAUCGCCUCGUCGUCUGUCUGGCCGUGGCGGAUCUUCUAACCGCAGUUUUCAUCUUGCCCUUACCGGAGUACGAGAACCUACCGCGAAGUCCUUGGGCAGAAUUCUACUGUCACGUCAUAGAAUCGAGGUUCUUCCUCUGGGUUUCCUUUAGAGCGUCCGUCUAUACCCUAACCGUGAUUGCCAUCGAACGGUUCUUGGCAAUAGUUCACCCCUUCAUCUACAGAGCAAGGGUUCAUAACCGCAACGUCAAGUACACGAUCGCCGCCAUAUGGGUCUUCCCUUCGGUUCUACGAUUUCCGCAGCUCUUGUGGAAUGUAGUCGGACCGUGUGGACGAUGCGACUUUGUAUACCGGUCCCGCAGCUCUGCAGUUGUCUACACCGUUGUCCUCUUCGUUGUGGAGUUCGUCUGUCCACUAAUCAUCAUGGUGUAUACCAGUAUCAAGAUCAUAAUAACUUUCAGACGGGAACGGUUUCACCAUGCUGAUACUAUUGACUCUUCCAGGAGCCGACGGCCGACGCAACUCCGGGCAAUUCAACGUCGUUUCACUAUCAUGUUCAUCUUCAUCUGUGCGACGUUCAUGCUCCUCUGGACACCCGACCAACUCGGCAUCUUUCUUUACCGCUUGCGUGUAUUCUCACGGGCUUACACCGAGCAGGUCUUCCAACAAGUCUUCCUUAAAUUGUCAUUCCUGAACGGUGCCACCACCAACCCAAUCAUCUACUCGAUAUGUCUGCCUGUGUUUCGUCGGGCUGUGAAAGAGGCGGUGACUUGUCGGAGGACGUCUGACAGGACCCAGGCGCAGAUGAUGGAAAUGACUAUGACACCGUCUCCUGUGUAAAACCCCCGUCACACCGGGAUAAAAAGGAGUUUUCGCAACAACUACGCAGACGCCUUUUGGAACGAAGAGAUUCUAUUGUCAAAAGCCCUUAAAUACAAAGAAGUCUUUGUCGAAAAUCGGUAAAUCAAAACACCAGCGUCGUCCUGAACUCUAGACAAACGGCAUAUUUUGCAGUUUUUCGUCUGGUGCGAAUCUUGGGACCAUCUGCUGUCCAUCGAUCGGUCCACCAUCUUCCGACAAAAAAAAACUCUCAGCUGUCCAUUGUGUUUUGAGUUCCAUUUUCAAUAGAUU